CCCUCGCAUGGUUACGUAACGUCCCAGCGUCCGUCGGAGAAGCAGUUGACAGCAGAGAAGAGUAGGCCGAAGUGGGUAAACAAAACUAAUAUAUGAAAAAAGAGCGAAAACAACCCCAAAGUUUGAGCUAAUUUUACAUUUUUAGGAUGUUUAACGUUGUUUUAAAGCGCUGUGAGGCCCGUUAAGGCGGAAAGUCGGCAGCGAAGAGAGGGCGUGCACCUGUCAAAGCUAAAUAGGUUAACGCAGCUAACCUGUGCUAGCCUGUUAGCCUGCUAGCUGGCGCUUUGAACCCGCUCAGGUUAGCUCGCAAGGCGGCCAGCCAGCCAUGUCGUCCCCCUCCUCCUCCUCCAGGCGCCAGUGGUGCUACCUGUGCGACCUGCCAAAGAUGCCGUGGACUGUGGUGUGGGACUUCAGCGAGGUGGUCUGCCGGGGCUGCGUGAACUACGAGGGAGCGAAUCAGAUUGAAUUCCUAAUAGCGAGCGCCCGACAGCUGAAGCGGACUCACGGCAUGCAGGACGGGAACGUCAGGUCGCCCGGUCCCUCACCCAACAAACACGGCACGUCGGCCCGGGGAGAGGCGGCGGCGGACGGGGGCAGGCCGCACAGCGACCGCUUCGACCGGGGAGGAAGAGGAGAAAACACCGGGUCAGCUAUUCGUGUGCCGCCUAACGGGCUGCACCGGGACGGCCAGCCGCCUCCAGAGGUGAACCGGCAGAGCCCCAGCGGCAGCCGGAGACCCAUGCUGGGCGCCGCCAUCCCCCCUAGUCUAGUGACUCAGAGCAUUGCAGGGAUUCCUCACGGGCUGCUUGCGGGCAUGCCGGCGGGUCUGACCGCCAGGACAGCCCCCAUGAGCACUCCCAUGAUCUUCCCCGCGCCGGUGCUGGCCGAGAUGAGCCGCAGACAGCUGGGUCUGGGGAUGGGCAUAUCACCCUUUAUCACUCCAGAGCUGGAGCGGGAGCUCAGUUCGUCCCAGAACCAGCCCAAGAUCCAGACCCAAGCCCACACGGCCGCGGCUGGAAGCAGCACCAGCAAGAGCACAAGUCUGGCUUCUUCGUCCUUCUCCAUGGCCGGAGGUGUGAGCCAGACCAGCCCCAAGCCGGCAUCAUCUCCAGCCAGGCAGCCGCGCCCCCUCACCUCCAGAUCUGGAGGGGAGCCCCUGGGAUCCACCACCUCAGCAGAGGCUGCCACCACCGCUGCAGCGUUGCCCCACAGCGGUGCCUCUGAGCUGGGAUCAGCGUCUGCCAACAGCACCCAUUCAACUGGAAACACUCUGUCCUGCACCUUGUGUCACGAGAGACUCGAAGACACACACUUUGUUCAGUGUCCAUCAGUGCCGGGCCAUAGGUUCUGCUUCCCCUGCACCAGAGUGUACAUCCAGAGUCGGCGGGGUGACGGGGAGGUCUACUGCCCCAGCGGAGAGCGCUGUCCAUUGGAUAACUCUCCCAACAGCCCCCCGUGGGCCUUCAUGCAGGGAGAAGUCUCCACCAUACUGGGUACCGGUGGAGCGGGAGCAGGAGCAGGAGCUGCAUCAGCUGCUGCACCUGGAGCCGGCACAGGGCCGGGAGCUCCAGCCACAUCAGGGGCAGGUAGCGGAGGAGGACCAGCAGCUUCAGCAGCAGCAGCAGCUGGAAGCGGACCCGGAGCUGGAAGCGGAGACGUCACUGUCAAGAAAGAGAGGGAGACGUGAUGGUGAUUUCCACGGAAACGAGGACCCAACACAGCAACAGAAUCGUAUCCCACACCGGAAGGAGAUGUCUGCACUGGACUGCUGAGAGGAACAACACAGCGACCCACCAAUCAGAAAACCUCCAUGACCCAGGUCUUAACUCCACCGACUCACAAACCAGUUUCAUCAUCAGACUUCAGCAGAUAUCUGACAAAAGCUACAAAGACUGCCUUCACAAAGCACCAUUAUUUGUUUGUUUUUAUUUUGUUUUUUUAAAGCAAUGACUGACUUUGCCAACUUUUAAGUUCUGUAGUUUUGAUGUGAUGAGAACUUGAGGUUAAAUUUCAUUAAUCACAGCGGUGCAUUGUGUGCACUGGGAACCAACCUUCAACAGAACGGUCCUGAGACGGUGGCUAAUGAAAGCACAAGUACUGAUGUGCUGUCAGAUGUUGAGGACCGAUCAGCAGCUGAACUGUGGCUACUUCAGCAGAGUUAGUGGUGUUUGUUAAAACGGUGAUCAGUGCUACGUUAGGGGCUGGAGCUGCACAAAUGUUCAUCAAACACAAUCAGAAUAAUUUAAAUGUUUUAAUCACAUGAAAGUCCUUCACAAAACACGAGACUGCAAGAGUGUUCAUGUGGUAUUAACCCUCUGAAUCCCCAAAAAAUCCACCGGUGGCUUUAAAAGGUUUGUUUUGUUUUGUAAAAUCACAGAAAUUGCACCAUUUGUUCGAGCCAAAAACUGUAAAAACAGAAAGAUCUGUCAGAUUUUCAACUUUACGACUGUCGAUGAAUGAAAUGUGUCUCAUCUGCUCGUAAACGUAACCAAAUCUAAACUUAAAAUCGUGACAUUUCAUUAAAAUCCCUUUAUUCUA